AUGGAAGUCGAUAACCCACUCGCUAACCGCUGUUUCGCAUUUCCAAAGUACCACGCCCGCGUUCCGCAAGUGUCAGAUUUUUACCCGUGUGUCCUUGACUCCCACCAACUCCGUAUUGUGCGCACUGAACAAGCGCGCCACAGCGAAGCCAAUCACUUAAGAACCAAGCGCUCGAGUGACGUAUUCCGUGUGAGCAAGUGCACGACACGCACGGCACAUCGAGUUUUUCGGGCUCUAAUUCCGCAAUCAGGAACUGAGAACUGGGGCCAAAAAUGCCCUGCCUUCGUGCCCGACACUGCCCGUGCCGAUGCUAUUGCCUAG